AGUGGCGACCCGAUACGGAUUGCCAUGGUCACGGCCUGGCCACGGCACGCACGCACAACUAUAUCUCGUCUCUCCCCCGUCCGUCUUGGCUACCGCCAGCCCUCUCUCUCCCUUCACCGCCCAGUCUCCUCGCGAGACCCGUCCUUCAUUUCUUUCUUCCCUCGUCUGGCCGGACCUGCCCACUACUUUUCGUGGUACCGGUUACCGCGCUGCAGUUGACCUGUCUCCUUCUCCCCUACGACAAUGACCGAGAGCUGGUUCCGCCGCGAGUUCCUCUCCCCCAGGCGUCUCAUCUUCAACGUCCUCUUCUACGGUCUCCAGCUAUUCUUCUUCGGCUAUGGAUGGUCCUCCCAGGAAAGGAACCAGAAGCUGGCCGCGCUCAACGGCUUGAAUGGCGCUGGUCUGGUCCUCGCCUUCCUUGGGGGAUGUAUCCUCCUCCCCAUGCUGCGUAACGUCAUCCGUGUCAUCCGCCCCAAGCUCGCCUGGCUCUUCCCCGCGGACGAGAACAUCUGGUUCCACAGACAGGUCGCGUAUGCAUUGGCCUUCUGGUCUAUGGUGCACACCACCGCCCACUACGUCAACUUUUUCAACGUCGAGCGUACCCAGGUCCGUAUCUUGAAGGCCUUAGACAUUCAUUACACCCAGGCCGGUGGCAUCUCGGGCCACUUCAUGCUGCUCAUCAUGGUGCUCAUGUACACGACCGCCCACCACAAGGUUCGCAACCAGUGCUUCGAGGCGUUCUGGUACACGCACCACCUCGCCUUCUUUUGGUUCAUCGGCCUCUAUGCCCACGCUACCGGCUGCUUCGUGCGCGACUCCGUUGAGCCUGCGUACACAACGACAUUCCCGUUUUACAACACAGAGUUCUGCUUGGGCUAUGAGAGCUGGCGCUUUACGAUCUGGCCGGGCAUUGCUUACUUCGCUGAGCGUGUCUGGAGGGAGAUCCGCGCAAGGAGGGCGACCCGUUUGUCGAAAGUGCUCGUGCACCCGAGUGGCGCCAUGGAGCUCCGUAUCAUCAAGCCGAGCUUCAAGUACGUAGCUGGCCAGUGGUUGUUUAUCAAUAUUCCCGACAUCUCAGGCUACCAGUGGCACCCUUUCACCAUCACCUCCGCCCCCGAGGAUCCUUACGUCUCCGUCCACAUUCGUCAGGUUGGUGACUGGACCUACGCUCUUGGCGACCGUCUAGGCGCCGGGCCAUCUGUCGUCCAGGCUAUGACGAAGGCGGCCAUGGCGGGCGAGGAGAAGGACGAGUCCAUCUACGGCACGCGUGGCAACUUCGUCGAGCUUGGUACUGGAUCGCGGGACUUGCCUGAGGUCCGCAUUGACGGCCCGUACGGCGCACCGGCUGAGGACGUGUUCAACGUCGAGGUUGCCGUGCUCAUUGGCGCCGGUAUCGGUGUGACUCCCUUCGCUUCUAUCUUGAAGCAUAUCUGGUACCGCCAGAAGAAGGGCACGCUUAUGUCGCUCAAGCGCGUGGAGUUCUUCUGGGUGUGCCGUGACGCUCCUUCGUUCGGUUGGUUCCAGACUCUGCUCCAGGAGGUCGAGGAAGCUCAAAUCGACCCCAACUUCCUGCGCAUCAACAUCUUCCUCACCCAGAAGAUUGGCGAAGACAUGCUGUGGAACAUCGCGGUGAACGACGCGGGCGCAGAAUACGACCCGCUCACGCUGCUGCGCACGCGCACGAUGUUCGGCAGGCCCGACUGGAAGACGAUCUACAGCCGGAUGCGCCAGGCGAUCGAGGUCGGCCGGUACAUGCCCGGCAUCAACUCACAGCUCAAGACUACCGUCGGCACGUACUUCUGCGGCCCGACUGUGCUGGCGAGGGCGAUCAAGGAAGCGUGCGUCGCUCAGUCCACGAAGGAUAUCAACUUCAGCUUCGCCAAGGAGCACUUCUAAGCUUCCCCUGUGCGCGAGACAGGAUGGUGGAGAGACGGGGUGUUCGUUGUGGUAUAGAGAGCGUUGACUGCUCGAAGUGGUGGACCUGGAUCGUGGAUAUGCCGCUUGCUGUUCGUUCAGUGCUCGUGUUGUAUAACAGACCUUUUACUUUUGCAAUUGCAUAAUGCUUUGGCGCAGGA